AUGUCUCCCAUCUUUGGCUUUAGAAUCAUCUUUUGCAUGGAACCAAGAAACCAAACAGCUGAUUCAGAAUUCCUUCUCUUGGAACUGACAGAUGAUCCAGCACUGCAGCCCAUGCUCUUCAGCCUCUUCCUGUCCAUAUACCUAGUCACAGUGCUUGGAAAACUGUUUAUCAUUGUGGCUGUGAACUCUGACACCCAUCUGCCACAUCCCAUGUACUUCUUCCUCUCCAACCUGUCCUUUACUGAUACCUGCUUGAGCACAAGCACCAUCCCAAAGAUGCUGGUGAACAUCCAUUCACAGAGUUGGAGCAUCUCCUACACAGGCUGCCUCUCCCAGGUCUUCUUUGUCCUGGCUUUCCUUGUCUCAGAGAACUGUUCCCUCACAGCAAUGGUCUAUGUCCGCUAUGUGGCCAUUUGUCACCCACUGAUGUACACCAUCAUCAUGAAUCCUUCCAUUUGUGUGAUGCUGGUUCUGAUCUCUCUGUUCAUGAGCAUUGUGGAUGCCCUCCUCCACACUCUAAUGGUGCUAAUACUGUCCUUAUGCACAGACCUGCAGAUUCCCCACUUCUUCUGUGAACUUGCUCAGGUCAUCAAACCUGCAUUUUCUGAUACCCUCAUCAAUAACAUUUUGAUAUAUGUUUUCUCUAUCUUAUUGGGUGGUAGUGCUGUGUUUGGUGGUGAAAUCAGUGAAAUUCUCAUGGAAGAAUUCAAGAGAUUUUCUUUGGUGCAGGAGGUGGUGGUUGAUCACCAGGAAAAGCAUUCAGCACCAUGCUCAGUGGACAGCUCCCUGUCUGGUCCCCAUGGUGCCUUCUAG